CCCACACCCUGCACUGACUGCUGCCACAGCUGGUUCCAACAGGUGAAGCUCCGGGAUUCCCAGGAGCCUGCUAUGGCAGGACUGAUUUACGGGGCAUCCGGCCUCUGAUCCGCGGAUUACAGCCAACUACGCCUAGGAUGGCGGCGGAAUUUAUAAAAAGUUGCUGCGAAGGGUGUUUUCAAAGCGAAGAGAAGAAAGCCUUGCCAGACUCAGGAUGUGUAGAGGCCGCCAGGAAAGGAUCGCACAUCGUGGACCUCCCUCCGAUGUCAGCUGUAUCAAUAAAACGGCAAGUCGGCUGUACGGAGGAUUAUCUGCUUUCCAAGCUGCCCACAGACGGAAGAGACGUCCCAUUUGUGGUUCCGGCGUUCACCCCCUCCUAUAUUCAGCCGAGAAACCUGACCAGCCCCACCCACAUGGAAGGACUAAAAGGAUCUGCAAGGGCCACAUUCACAGACAGGAAGACUGAACUGUCUGCCGCUUACCAGUACGGAGCAAACUUCGAAGUGGUGUACAAUCCGGGCUACCUCCCGCAGGACAUCUCACCCGAUCUGAGCAGACGUGGAACACUGAGCCCAGAUGUUGCCAGGAUGUAUGGCUCAGUCUGUGACUUGAGGAACAUAAAAACACCCGAUUCUCCCGGCCUCAGCACUUCCAUGUAUGAUCUGAGCAGUCUUAUUCAGAGAUACGAUUCGGUCUCCAGCGUCCGAAGCAGCAAUUCCUCCAGGAAAGAUUCACAAGGGAGUAACCGCAGCCUCGACACAAUUACAUUGUCUGGAGACGAGCGGGAAUUUGGAAGGCUGAAUUUCAGACUGCGAUACGUCACUGCCGUGGAACAAAUCUGGAUCACAGUGUUACAACUGAAAGACCUGUACUGGCCGUCGAGCUGUGGGGAUUCCCCUAGUAUCUAUAUUAAAGGCAUCAUUACCCUCCCGAAAGCCGUCCACUUCAAGUCCUCUGCAAAGGAAGCCUCUCUGGACAUGGAGUUCAUGGAGACGUUUGUGUUCGCCAUAAAGUUACAAAACCUACAGAAGGUGAGGCUGGUCUUCAAGGUCCUCAGCCUGACGCCACGAAAGAGAACGAUCAGCAAGUGUUCGAUAUCGCUGCGGGACCUCAGCGAGGUGGAGACUGACCACUGGCUGGACGUUGUCCCGUCUUCCAAAGUGUCGUCUUGCCAGGUGGAACUUCUGAUCGGGACAUGUUUCCAGGCAAUAAACAACCGCAUCCAGCUCCAAAUUCUCAAAGCUCAGAACCUACCCAGCUCACUAACGCCACUGUCUAUAAGUUUCUACGUCAAGGCCGAAAUGUUCAGUACAGAGGGUCUCCUGUACAAGAAGAAAACACGAUCGGUAAAGCUGUCGAAUGGACAGGUGAACUGGGGGGAGACCAUGGUGUUCCCGCUAACGCAGAAAGAGCAAGGGAUCAACUUUCUGAUCAAACUGUACAGCCGGAGCUCCGUCAGAAGGAAACAUUUCAUUGGUCAGGUGUGGAUCAGCAGUGACAGCAAUAGCAGUGGAGCAGCGGAUCAAUGGACUGACACCAUCAGCCACCCAGAGAAGGUGGUCACUAUAUGGCAUAAACUCAACCUCUCCAGUUAGGGAACGGGACAAAGUCAAGACUUUAGUAAUGGACCGUCUGCCCCUCCGGGGACUGUAAGCAAGGUCGCGGCCCCGGGGGGGCAUCAGAGCGAGAACUGGAUACAAGAACGCCGGGGUGGAACCCGCUGUGCCAGGAGA